AUGGCGAACGUUGCGGACACUAGGCUAUACGACAUCCUCGGAGUUUCACCUUCUGCCUCUGAAAACGAACUAAAAAAGGCUUAUCGGAAAUUGGCUAAAGAGUAUCAUCCUGACAAGAAUCCUGAUGCUGGUGACAAGUUUAAAGAAAUAAGUUUUGCUUAUGAAGUGUUGACAAACCCUGAGAAGAAGGAGCUUUAUGAUCGCUAUGGAGAACAGGGUCUUCGGGAGGGAGGCGGCGGCGGACCCGGCAUGGAUGACAUCUUCUCCCACAUUUUUGGCGGAGGACUUUUCGGGUUCAUGGGCGGCCGGGGAAGUCGAAGCAAUGGAGGCAAGAGGAGAGGAGAUGAUAUGGUGCAUCCUCUGAAAGUCUCUCUCGAAGACCUGUACAAUGGAAAAACUACAAAGCUGCAGCUCAGUAAGAAUGUGUUAUGUAGUGCCUGCAAUGGUCAAGGGGGUAAGGCAGGAGCAGUACAGAAGUGUGUGACAUGCAGAGGAAGAGGAAUGAAAAUCAUGAUCAGACAGCUGGCCCCAGGGAUGGUGCAGCAAAUGCAGUCUGUCUGCACCGACUGCAACGGAGAGGGCGAGGUGAUAAAUGAGAAGGACCGCUGCAGAAAGUGCGAGGGUCAGAAGGUUUGCAAGGAGACAAAACUUCUGGAAGUUCAUGUGGACAAAGGCAUGAAGCACGGCCAGAAGAUCACAUUCUCUGGGGAAGCUGACCAAGCACCAGGUGUUGAACCAGGAGACAUCGUUCUGGUACUUCAAGAGAAAGACCAUGAGGAGUUCCGACGUGAUGGCAGUGACCUUCACAUGGUCCAACGCAUUGGCCUUGUCGAAGCUCUGUGUGGCUUCCAGAUCACCAUCACACACUUGGAUGGACGUCAGCUGCUGGUUAAAUAUCCACCUGGCAAGGUCAUUGAGCCAGGUUGUAUUCGAGUGGUGAAAGGAGAGGGAAUGCCUCAGUACAGAAAUCCAUUUGAAAAAGGAGAUCUUUACAUCAAGUUUGACGUUCAGUUCCCAGAAAGCAACUGGAUCAGCCCUGAAAAACUCAAUGACUUGGAGAACCUUCUUCCAGCCCGAGCUGACAAUCCUGACAUCGCUGCAGAUGCUGAAGAAGUUGAUCUUGCAGAAUUUGACAGAAGUCAAGGGUCUGGCAGUGGAGGCAGGAGAGAGGCGUAUAAUGAUAGUUCUGAUGAUGAAGGUGGCCAUCACGGCCCCGGGGUGCAGUGCGCGCACCAGUAGAAAGACUCAUACAUAGACUUUCACAUAAACACCCUUCAAGUUCCAUUGCUAGCACUACUUGAGACCUGAUGCACAUGCGCACACACGCACACAAACACACACUUUUUUCAUGCCUCCAGUGACAAGGUGAUGCACAAAAUCCCUUCUAAAAAGUAAAUAAGGCUCCCCUUUCAGUUCCGUGGUUCCAGCACCUCCCCAGAGAGAUCGCAGUUGAGUGAUGAACAUUUUUUAAGUUUGUAAAUGUUUCCAGAAAGGAAGUCUGUCUUCAUCCUAAGCUUUAUCUUUUUUCUGUGUACAACAGUCUAGUCUACAAGCUGCAAAUAUUGUUGACUAUUUUGAGUUGAGGUGUGAUUCAGUCAUAAAGGAAUAGAUGCCAGUUCUUGCCAAUGAGCGUGACUAUGUACUUUCAGAGUGACGAAAGAAAUCGCCUCACUUUUUAAAAUUAUAUUCAAGAGCCCCGCUGCUACAUAAGCUAAUCUGAUUAGAUUUCUAAAUAUUUAACCCGCCUCUAAUUAAUAUGAUAGUUUAACUUUAGGUUGUACUAUCGUGUGAAACUGUAAUUUGCUUGUGCUUUAUUUUUUUUUUUUUAGGUUUCUAGCUGUUGCAAACGAUUUGAAAGCCCUGAGCUCCUGACACACCAAUAUUGUUCUUUUUCCCUUUGAGUGGAGUAUAACUUCUUUAUCUCAUUGGUGUGAAUGUUUGCGUGUUUGAAACGACAAACCUUGCAGUUAUGCGUUUUAUUAGACUUGACACUUUUGUUUUAAAUGCGGUGGCUCAGUGUUGGAGCUUUUUCGGAAUGUUCUAGCUUAUUACUCUGGUUGGUGUUGCUGCUUUGUGGUGAACUGCAGUGAGAUUGGAUACCAAAUAAAGUGAGAGGAGGAUGAAAAAUCUAAGUGUUUGUAGAGAAUCUCAAAUGUACUUAUUUCCCUCCUCUUACUUGAACUGCAUUGUAGGAAAACUGUUUGGCACACACUCAACCUUCUGUAUAGACAUCUUCCUAUUGUAUGGUUACUAGCCAAACCAACGUCCCCUCACAUGAUGCAACAUUUUCAUUCUCAUAUCUGUAAAUAAAAACAGUACCAGUCAAUGGGUGCAUUUAACAUUUACAAAGGUGUCAUUCUGCAGUUACAACACUUUCUCACAGAAUUGAGCAAUGGUCAAUUUAUAAAUGAAGAAAGUUAACUGGAGCCACUCUUGAAUGUUUACAUGCACCUCUGUGACUCAUUGUGUAUGUAACUUUGGCUUCUUGGGAUAUUGUGCACAGGUGAAGGGGGUUCUAGUGAAAUUUCAUUAUUGUUAAUGCUUAUGGUUGUCAAAGUGAUAAUUAAAAUGUAUAUUAAACAGCUGCAUAUGUGAA